AUGAUGAAAAGAACGGCAGCUUUCACAUGUCUCAGGCGGACUAUAUCCUCGGUGACGGCGGCGGCGUCCUCCAAGAUCGACAUUCGCCGGCUCCGGGAUGCAAAGCCCGCCGACCAGGCGGUGCUCCUCCGUCAAGCACUCGCAUCGCCAUCAGCCAAUAAUACCUCAAUCACAAGCCAGCUCCUUAGUUCAGUGGCUACAGGAAGCCUGCCGGAUCUGCCUGUGCGACCAUGGCUGUCCGUCGCCGAAGACCCUCGGGUCACUGUCGCCGUUGUUUGUCAGCCGUAUAGUGUCACCCUUCGACGGCUGGCUAUGCCCGUUCUCACGGCCCAGCUUCGCGGUGAUGCCACUUUUAAACCCACGUGGGAUGCUCUCGGUGGAUCCGAGGGCAUUGUCAAGCUACUUUCUCAGUUUAGCAUGACCGAUCUACGGUUAUUUAUCAGAAGUCUCCGUGGGACAGCUCUUGCCGGGGGCCUGACACGGACGGAGCGUCAACAGAGAAUGGGAGAGUUGUUCAUGAUCCUCAACGAUGGCAAUCGGAAUCCGGAUAAACGUCCGUUGGACAUGGAAUAUGCGCAUCUUUUGCCAAGCUGCCCAGCUGAAAUGGCUCUGGCAUGGACAGAUCAAAAUAGUGCACAUGAGUCUGUGCCACUUCGAUGGAGAGAGUUGCUCGGGGAUAACCAUAUGGUCAGAAAAUCUAUUCUGAAGCGAGUUAACAGAGCUCACCGAACCACAAUAACUGAGAUGACCUUCCGAAAGUCUUUCUCGGCGUCGGAGAUCCAAGCGAGUUGGGAAAAAGUACGACAAUUCAUGGCCAGUAGUCGAGGCUUGAGGCUUAGAGUAUUUCAAUUACUAGCCACAAACAAUGACUUCCACAGGGCACCUGUUGGCGAUAUUAGGGAAAAGGUGAUUUUACCGCUUGCAAGACAGUACAGUCGUCGACGCUGUAAUCCAAAGGCUGCAUCCGAGUUUUGGUCUCUUUUAAUCGAGGCUUUAGAGGGUUGCCCGGCCUUGAUUGAUGACAAAGCGACCGAGACUCAAGAGAUACCUAGGCAUAAUUCAGUUCCUGGACAUAGGAGGUCUUUAUUAGAAUAUGCUGUUCGCGCUUGGGGUCACAAUUUAUUGCCUGACGCAGGGCUUGCAACCUAUCUCGAAGCAUUUCCUGACAGAGAAUCCAAGCACAUUUCAGUCGAAGCUAUCUUGAAGCAAGUGCCAAGGGAUAGGCGGUAUGCGCUCCUGCGUGUAUUCUUUAAACACAAUCGAGGCUAUCAGCUUGACAUUGGACCACCUUCCAGCCGCGCAAGUGAUACGCUCAGGGAACUCAAGAUAAGUAUAGAGGUCUUUCUCCUCCUCCCCAGGCCCGAAGCGAUAAAUCUGUUUGAGCGCCUUCAAGACGCACAUCCAGGAUACGGGUACUCUGCUCUGGAGCCUUGGCAUUACAAACAAUCCGACCUCGGGAACCUGUUUCAGCUCAGUACAAACAAUGAAGACGAGUCAUUGAAUCCGGACGGCCCAGCCCUGCGGGGUUUCCUCUUGCGCAACCUCUCACAUACUCCUACUCCCUGCCCUGUCGAUCCUCGCCACGUGAGAAAUCAUCUACGAGUAACUGAGCUCUCUCGUCGAAAAUCGUUAUCUCAGCAAGGGCGCACGGCAGAGGCCAGGGCAUUCUGGGCAAUUGCUGCCUGCCGACUUUGUAUUGCCAUGGGCGAUAUUGAUGCUUAUGUCAAUACAUUGAUAUGGGCGCGUCGCUUCAACAAGGACGCCAUGGUACUAAAACUUCUCUAUAAUGACCAGCAACUCCACAUGCCGCAGUUGUUACAUCUUCUGUCUGCCAUGGAUGGUGGGAACACAACAGCAGAUAUUCAGGAGAAUGUUCAAAAGGCGAACAAAGUUCUGAUGACACUUCUUGAAACAGCGGCUAUGACGGUUGAUUCCCCCUCUUUCUGCCGGUCUGAUUGGGAAUCGGCGUAUCAGCUGAUUCCCAAGGUGGUUGAACUUCGCUUGAAAAACUAUCAAAAUAUGCAAGUUCAAAUGAAAUGGUCCGAUGAGCAAGUUUUCAAUGUGGUUCUACAACCAACCUUAGAUGUGAUGGUUGCAGCAGAGUCGCUGAUCCUCCGGCCCGGAAAUCAGCGUCUGGGUUUUCAAAAUCCGACUGGAUUCCCGUUAUUAAAAAACAGGGACAGUCUUUGGGCUGGAUAUCGGGCGAGACUUGAUCGUGAAGUUUCGACACUUCAAAUGCCAUGGCCAAAGGGACUCCCACUUCAGUGUCUGUGGCCAGAAAACCACAUAAAUCACGCUGGUGACGCUUCGUACUUGCAGAAGCGAGCUCGGGACGUCGUGUUUUGUGAUCCGCAGGCGGUUUUGGCUCCUGCGCCGAGCUCUGCCAAGGCUCACGCGAGCAUUGGUGUUUUCGUCGACGACUGGAGCGUGGCGCUUCGAGUCUACAUUUAUGGUACAGAUGGCGAUUCUCAUCACGAAACAAGGCUUAAAACGGCUUGGAAAUACGCACUCGAUCAUCUCACCGGGGAUAGAAUGUCGACGGAAGAGGCACAAAGAUUCUGGGCUCGUGCGUUUCCCUACUCUGGUUCAAUAGCUAAGGUUCUUGAUGAGGACGUUCCUCAUCGCUGUUACGCCGAUAUCCCCAAGCACGAAUUCGAUGAGCCAUCAAGAAUAGCAGAAUGGGACCCUGAUCCAACUUAUAACGCCAUAACUGCAUAUCGAAAAGAUGAGAGACGCCUCCGACAGGCGACAGUUCUCGACUGCAUGGUCAAACCUGGUUGGAAAAUGGGCACUCACUGGACAAAGCGGAGGCUGACUUGGAUGGAACCGAUAAUUCCAAAACAUUCAAAAAAUGUGCUUGACUUCUGGCAUCCAAAGUCUUUAUCAGAGUGUCCAGGGUCUGAGCUGGAUAGUCAGAUGAUGGCGGCUGUUUUAUGUCUGGACAGUACACACGGAACGAAUUGUUCACUGUCUCACCUGCCAAGUUCGGAGAAGAAUCUGCCCUUCGAUCUUAAUCUAUCCUUAUCUAAAGGCUUUUUCGAGAGAGAAAGCUUGAUGUUCGAUAAAAUAGUCUCAUCUCUAAGACUCAACCGCUCCCGUCUUCCUCCUCAACUUCUGGCAGGGCUGGGAAUAUCUGUUUUGCGGCGCAUACGGGAAGAUCCAGUCAAAAUUGAGGGAGCAUACGGACUUUUUUAUAUGAUUGUUCGGAUGCUGUUGGAUGGGCCACAACCUUCACUCGCCAGCCCACUCAUCAAGGAGUUCAUUGUAGAAGUCCCCCAAGCUGGCGACUGGCAUGAAUAUCUACUGACCUCUCACCACUUGAACCGGCUUAAGCCCCAAGAUGCGCAGGCUUUCAUUGAGUCGCUAUCUGGCGGUAUCGUGGAGAAGCUAAGAUUACAGAAAGCAAGAGAAGCUUCGGAAACCGGCCACACAGUCUCGGAAUCUCUUAUCCGAGUGUCAACAGUCAAGUCAGUGGAGCAAUUGCUGCGAGGGAAGAACUUCACUACCCCACAGAAAGCUGUGAAUACACUCGGCGAGAUACUGAGGCAUAGCUCCCAUGUCGAAAUACAGGUGGCUGCGAUAAAAGCUCUCACCGGAUUACUCACAGACGACGGCGGUGAAAACACGGAUGUUUCACGCCUAUUGAAACAAUAUGCCGUGCCCAUCGCCUCUGCACUCAACGAAAGGCACCCCGACAUAGAGUCGGAAUGGAAAUCAGCGAGCAGCGGGGGAGAACUGCCGCUCGUUGACCAUAGUCAGGAUGGCCAUACUGUGUUGGACAUGCUCAUGCCCAGGAAACACAAGCCUUGUAGUACUGCGCUGCUAAAACUUGCCACCCAGGCGCUCCGCAUAUCUAGCCAAACCAAUUCACGGUGGCUAGCUCUUUUCAUGGAGAAGUACGGGUUUGGGAAUGGAUCUUUGAUACUGCCUCAGAUUCCAACCUGUCCCGAGAAGUUUCUAGAGUUGCUGCGACAGAAAACUCUUCACAGCAUAUCAGUUGAAGAUUUCACCAUGAUUCGCGACUAUGUGCUAUUUCUGCUUAAUCAACCAAAGGAUAUUCGAGAGUUCACUACUUACGUACAGAACAAUCGAAAAUUGGCAAGUUCUAAUACUGGUAGACACUGGCUUCAUUUGUGGUCUAAAACCUCCAAGGAGGCAUUGGAUUUGGGCGGAGGAUGGGCAGCAGAGAUGUUGGCCUCUUGGAGCACCAUCAGCCAAAAUGAUGGCAAGACUUCGAAAAUCUCGUCCAUGGCAGAAGAUUUUGUGUUGCGCAUUGCUGAGAUAGCAAUAUCACGCGGAGAUUUGGCCCUUUUUGAUGAUAUUGUAUCCCGUUUACCAACAAAUGAUCCCGAGGGAGACCAGGGGAGUGCUGGUUCUGGCAGAGUUAUCAGGAAACUGAUUAAGAGGAUUGAUGAACUCAGAACACCAGAAUGGCAAGCUGACCACCAUCGCCGACCAUUCGCACUGCCAAAUACGUUGCCUCUGAGGCUGAGACUUUUGGAUCUCUCCCAUGGCAAUUCCGGGGCCAUUUCCCCAUUCGCGGGGAUGAUUGUGCAGUUAUUGCGUGAAAUCACAGCAGGCGGCAGACUGUACUAUGACGAGUUCGAGAUUAUAAGGACGCAUAUUAUGACAACAGUUCCUAAGCAAUCUGCGCUAUCCUUAGCUAUUGCUCUAGGGAGUCUUGAUAAAUUAGAUAGCCGGGCCACUCCAACCCCAGCGGAUCAUCUCCGCACCAGACUUGCAGCGGAGCUUCUUGACUCUGACACAUUCACCAAAGCAAGCAGUAGCAAUGGCGAGGCAAAAGAAAAAACUGGAGCGGAAAUCUGGGAAAUGUUGAAUAAAUGGAGCAUGAGCCCGAUUGAAGAGUUUAGAAACUUGGCCUGGCAGAUGGAUUCUCAAGUUCGCUGA